GAGACUGCAAACUCUUCAAUUAAGUCUUUAAGUUCCAGACUUUCAGGUCGUCUCUGCAAAUCAAAUCCAAAAUUCCAAUCGAAUCCUCAACAAUCACAGAGUUCAACAAUAACCCAAAUCUCCAUUUCUGCAGAAUCAGAAGCAGAGUGGCAGAAAUCUCUCACAUGGAGGACUACUUUGUCUCAGACCGAAUGCUGAUGAAAACGAUGAAGAAAAAGAGGAAGGAGGUGGAGGAGCUUGACCAAGUCAACGAAGACUUCUCCGACUUCUCUCUUUCUUCUCCCGCCAGAAAGAUUCGCCGCCUGGAUGCUCAUUUGCCGCCCAUCAUGGAGGAGGAGGAGGCGGAGUUUGCGGUGGCUCCGAAUCAGGUGAAAUUAGAUGCUCCAGUUAUCGAGGAGUUGCCGUCAGAAAACCAUGAGAAGGCCAUUGUGCUCUUCAAGCCUGUCAGUUGCCCUCCCGUCUUCUCUCUUCGUUCCGAUUUGAUUUCCGGCUUCAAGGACCAAUUUCUGUGCUCCAGCCAUUAUGAUCUCAGACAAUCAGCAGAGGAAGAUGACGAGACGGUGCAAAACAAGGCGAAUCGAUGUAAAGCUGUUGUUCCAUGGGUUCCAAGCCAGCUUCCGCCUGUGCCAUCAAUGGAGGUUUCGCAGCAAUCUGAGGCCCCGGGAGAGCUGAUGGAGGCUGAAGAGAUGGGAACAGCAACAAUGGAGAUUGAAGAGGAGAGCACAGAAGGACAAGGCAUGGCUAACGUGUAUGGCGGGGGUAUGUGGACGAGUAAUGAAGGGUUUCCUGAGUGGCAGCAGCAGCAUUGUAUGAUCCCACAGCCUCCACAAAACACCACCACACCUAUCACUUGGUUCCGAUGAAGACCGGAAGGCGGUGGGGUUGGAAUUCGGGUAGUGCCUCAUUUUUUUUGGUUGCAGAUUUCGACUAGGUUAUAUGAUAUGUAUGGUAACAACUAACAAGGAGGAGAUUGUUCCUUGUUUUAGAAAAUUGAUUGGGAGGUGUUUUGCUGUGUGAGUAAACACCAGAUCCAGAAGGUAGUGUUGUAAUGUUAAUAGCGGGAGAGCAGUGAAGGAAAAUGAUUUGUAUGUUAAUUAUGGCUUUAAUGAUAUUCAGUUCAGCGCAUAA